AUGAAUGGCUCUUCAGCGUUUCACAUAAUAUUGAGUGUUACAUUCAUGGUUUUUCUCUUUGGUGGUCUCUGCGAGGCUGGUGUUGUGGUAAACGUGGAUAUCAUCAAUGAUAUUGGUCCAAAUGUUCAACUGGGACUACACUGCAAAUCGAAGGACAAAGAUCUCGGACCACAAUCUUUAGCCCCUCAACAACACUGGGGGUUUAGAAAAACACUUGAUUUUUGGGGCGUGACUCUGUUUUUUUGUCAUUUUGAAUGGGAAAACCAAUCCAAAUGGUUUGAUAUUCUUGUUGCUGGGAGAGAUAGAAAUACAUGUGCUGAACAUCCGUGUGUUUGGAGUAUAAGACCUAGUGGUCCAUGUAGACUAACGGGUAAAGAAAAAUGUUUCCCAUGGAAUGAUCAGUAUUGAAACGUUGUAUUAAAUUUUUCACAUUGAUGAU